AACAAAAAAAUCUUAAAAUAACAUUUAUAAGAAAGUAAAAGUACAAAUAUACCUUUUAUUUCACGGUUAAUUAUGUACUUGUCUAUAUGUCUAUCAAUGUUCUUGAAACUUUGUAUAGAAUUAAGGCCCAAAACGUACAAAUCAAGGCAUAUAUGAAGCGUAGGCGUUAACAAGUUAUAUAUUUAUACUAUAUUUUUAAAAAAUUAUGUGUGCUAGUUAAAAAUUACUUUGAUGAAUUAUAAAGAUAAGAUAUAUUUAAAAACAAAUUAAACAACUUAUGAAAUAACACUAAAAACAAAAUUAAGAAAUUAAACAACCUAUGAAAAUAACACCAAAAACAAAAUUGAAAAAUUGAUGAUGAAGACAAUAUAACUAAAUUAGUCAUAAUUUAUAUGUUACUUAAUUUAACCAGUUUUACCAAUUUAAAUAAAUUUAAAUCAAGUCAAAUAAAUCUAAACAAAAUUGAAUCAGAUAAAUUGGAUUUUAAAAAUCAUUUCAAUUAUGAGCGAUUAUUCGCUUAGGCGAUGUGUCUCGUAGAUCAAUUUUUUGAAUAUUGAUAUAUAUAUAUAUACACAAUUCGUUGCACAAAAACAAAGAUAUAUAUACGAUUAUUUGGUUUAAUUGAAUGAUUUCAAUAGAACAAGCAGACAUACAUAGUUAGUAUCUGAUAUAGACCCAAAUCAAAAUUUAAGUAAACUCAAUUUAAACUAUUAAAAUAGAGCCUUAUCCCCCUAAUAAUUAUUUCUGAAAUGAGUUGCAUAUUUAUCAUCACCAUAUUCAGUCUUACUAAAAUAUGAUAGCAUGACUUUUGGAAAAUGAUGUAGAUGCCAUUAACCUAAUUAUUAUGACGUGUACAAUUUUCCUUAUAAAAAUUUAUAUUUUUUGGUAAGAUUUUUUAAAUAUUGUAAUGACUAUUAACUCAUAUAUAACCUUUAAUUUAAUUAUUUUACAUAUAUUUAUUUUAGCAAAAUUAUUUAAAUAUACUAAUAAUUAAUGACUCAUAUAUCAUCAUUAAAUUAAUAUACAUAUAUAUGUCACAUUAAUAAAAAUAAACUAAAUAUAGUUACAAAUAUAUAUUUUACAUUAACUUAUAUAUCAGAUUUUGUAUAUAUAUUAUCAAAAAUAGUUGUAAGUAUUCAUCAACAAAUACAAAGCUAAAUCAAAACUAAUCAAAUAAUUUCACAAUGUAAACUGAAUUUUUCUUUUGAAAUAGAAACAAAUAUUAUACAUAAAAUUAUUAUUUAUGUGCAUGUGCAUGGCCAUAAAAAUUUCUAGUUAAAUAUAGAUAUAUUCACUAAAAAUAUUAACAAUCAAUUUAAAUUUGACUUUAAAUGUAAAAUAAAUAUGCAAAAAAGGUUGGACCCGGUGGUUAUGGACUUUGGACACAUGCCCAGAAAUGGCACGCGUCUGAUGUGCGAUAUUUCCAGAUAGAAUUAUAUUUUGUCCGUUUGUGUACGAGUGGAUGUAAUUUCACUAUUGAGUCACGAUAAUUUGGACAAAUGUGUUUUGCAUAGCCAGGAUCAUUUUCUAACGGGUGCAUAAGAUAUACAAAAUUUAGAUGGGCUAAGAGGGAAUCGAAACUGAGAUUCUGAGGGGGUGCACUUAUGCAUUAAACCAUCACAACUCACUGAUUUUGGUUGAACGUUUGCAUACUAAAUAGCUAUUAUUAAUAAUAUUAUGGAUGCAUGCGCCCCCAUAGUGGCUGUACUAGCUUCGUCCCUGUGCAUGUAUGAUGUAAUAGUAGAACUCCGACAUGGCGGUUUUGCCAACUUGCAACUCAGGGCAACAUUAUCGGUGAUGCUAAUGACAUAUCUUAGCAUUAAUCGUAUUUAAUUUAAAUAUAAAUUAGCCAAUAUUACGAGGGACACUGCUUAACUAAGAAGUCUUUUGUCUCGUCCUUAGGAGAUACGUGGCGUCAUGGGAAUGGCGGAUGAAAAUUCGUAAGGGCAAAAUCGAUUUUGGAUCGAGUUUCACUUUCCUCGUCUCUUCCGUUCUCUCUCGCGGUGAUUGAAAGGGGGAUUUUGUCUCAACGGCGCAUCUCCUCUCUGACGGUUCUCCUCCCGGAGGAUCUCCUCCCGAGGCAUCUCCUCCCGACUCUGGAUCUCUCCACGGUUCUCUCGACAGAUCUGUUGACGGUUCUCCUCUCUCAUCAACAUCGUAUUCCGUGAUUCGAAGGUGAAAGAGUAGGUGUUCCUCCUCCGUAUGAUUUGCAUGUAUUUGGUUCUCGUUUUCGAUCUACUUUAUUGGGAUUUGCAUGUAUAUUUUUUUCGUUUGUGUUAUUAAUCUGAUAGUAAUUUUUACUCGUUCAUUGCUUUGAUUGCUUUGCUAUAUAUCUAUUAUAGGGAUUUCAAAAAUCGAUUUAGGGAUAUUGGCUAAUUUUUACUCGUUCAUUGCUUUGAUUGCUUUGUUUUGCUUUUUUUUUCGUUUGUGUUAUUAAUCUGAUAGUAAUUUUUCGUCUCUAGAGUCUUUGACAGAGUGUGGUUAUUUACUGAUAUGUUUGUUCUUUUGAUUCUGAGGUUAAUAGGUGAGGUGAGGUUCAACUACAAUAACCCGGUUUCUAUUAGUAAACAGCUCUAAGAGAAACAACCAUUUCGUCCACAGCUCAAGAUUCCGGUUUCUAUUCUCUUAUCACUUCUCUCUUCUUAAUCCUAUGGAUCCAAGGAUUUCGUAUAACCAGUCUGCUGGUUAUAUUGGCCUUCUUCACAGUCAACACGAAAGUGUUCAUCAUGAGAACUCUCCUUAUGAGAGUUUGCAUUCUGGAUCUUCACAGAUCCCUCAAUUAAGUUCACAACAAUGUGAGGCUCCAACUCCACCUACAGACACACCGGUGGAGCGUGGGAGGAGACAUAAAUGGACCCCUGCAGAGGACGAGAUGCUGAUUUGUGCCUGGUUAAACACAUCUAAGGAUGCUAUAGUCGGCAAUAACCAAAAGUCAGGGAUAUUCUGGAAACGAGUAGGAGAUUAUUUCUUUGCAGCUCUGAAUGGUGGAGAUGGUGGUGAAAGUUGCGAGCAACUCCAUUAUAGGCAGAGGUGGCAGAAAAUCAAUAAUCAAACUAACAAGUUUUGUGGUGCAUAUGCGGCUGCGGAGCGACAAAUUAGUAGUGGUCAGCAUGAGAAUGAUGUUCUCAAGGUGGCCCAUGACAUAUUUUAUGCUGAUCAGGAGUCCAAAUUUACACUUGAGCAUGCGUGGUGUGUGUUGAGGUAUGAGCAGAAAUGGCUUAACCUCAACAGCACUAAAGCUUCUGGAAGUUCAAAGAAGAAAACCGUUGAAAAAAAUUCCCAAACAUCAACCACAAGUGUUGGUGAACAAGAGAUACGCCCAGAAGGUUUAAAGGCUGCAAAAGCUAAACGGAGUAAUGCGAAGGGGAAGUCUGUUGCUGAGUAUACAGCGGUUUGGGAAAUGAGGAAGGAGGAUUUGGAGAGGGAAGAGAAACUGUCAAAGCUUGCCAUCUUAGACACUCUCCUAGCCAAAACCGAACCACUCAAUGAGGCUGAAGAAGUAGCCAAAAACAAGCUCUUCGCCGAGUAUAUCUAGAGAAAUAUCUCAUACAACAUGUCCUAAAACCUUUGUGCAAGAACUUUGUUUUUUUUAUUUGUGUCUUAAGUACUUUGCUUUUUCUGUUUUUAAUGUGAACGGUGUCUAUGUUUUUAAUCUAUUUCCUGGUUGCUUUGUAUGUCUAUCUUUAUAAAUUAAUCUAUUAUGUUUACUUGCUCGUUGAUUAAUUAUAAUGAAUGUCCAUCUUUAUAAAUACAUGUGAAUCUUUGUUAAAUAACUCUCUAAUAUUUACCUUAGCCAACCUUCCCAGUCUGAGGACUUUGGUGGGGAUGAGUCGGACAGUGACUACAAUGAAAUAGAAGCUCUGAUUCAGCAAGACCAAGCUCAGUUAGACUACGUGAACGCUCAGGAGUUUGUGUACCCUCCGCAGCCUGAGGUUGAAUUUGGUUUUCCACAUACAUGCUACUGUGGGAGUCAGCCUCAGAUAGCUACGUCUUACAGUACAACCGAUCCAGGUCGCCGAUACUACACAUGUACUAAUGUUGAUGAUGAAGAGUGUCAUGUGUGGAAAUGGUGGGAUGAGGCUGUAAUGGAGGAGAUGAGAGCCAGGGAUAGACACACACUUCAGUUAGCCGAGAAGGUAGAUUCUCUGAACUUCUUGAGUGACUAUGAGACUGACCAGAAGCUUGUUAGACUAGAGAACAUGGUGUGUGAGUUGGCCAAGAAUAAAUCAAGGUAUAGCUUUGAUUACUUUGUUGCGGUUAUGGUUAUGGUCUUAGUUUUCAAAGGUAUCGUCCUCAUCUUUAUCUAAUGUAUUAUGGUUAUGGUUUAGUUAUGACUUGGAUUAGUAAUGACCUAUGUGUAAUGUGUACUUGUGUAAUGUGUACUUGGUAUUUGGAUCGUGACUCAAGUAAUUUGAUAUUGUAAGCUCGUGACUCAAGUUACAUCUUACUGUAAGCUUGUGACACUUUCCAUAUAGAGUAUCAACAUGUGAAAUUUCAAUCACAAUUCACUAGAUGUCAAAAGAGUAAUUUCAAGUGUCACAAGAUGUACUAAAGGGUCACAAGACAAACAAUAUACAAUCUCAUAAGACAAAUAAUAUACAAUCACAAGAUAUGAACUUCUUGAGCCUAUAAAUAAGAGAUACAUAUUCUCGUUAAAAUUACAACUUCUCUACUUCUCAUAUCAAAAACAACUUCUCUAGUACUCAGAUUAAAAACAAUUUUUUUUUAAAAUUAAAAAUGGCAUCUUCUUCCCAUUAUCAUUACCACAAAGAUGAUGAUGCUGAAUUUGAAUCUAUGUUUGAAGAUUUUUUAGAAAUCCCAGAUAUUAUUCCCAAACCAAAAGAGCGAAAAAUGUAUUUUUAUUGAGAGAAACCGGGAAGAAGGCCACAUGAAACUUUGGAAUGAUUAUUUUAGCGAAACUCCGACAUUCCCGCACAAUAUAUUCCGGAGACGGUUUCGAAUGAACAAGACUUUGUUCUUGCGUAUUGUGCAUAGACUCUCCCAAGAAAUUGAGUAUUUCCAACCAAGAGAAAUGCAGCCGGACGGUCUAGCCUAUCUCCGCUCCAAAAAUGUACUGCAGCAAUUCGACCAUUGGCGUAUGGUGGUGGGGCUGAUACCGUUGACGAAUAUGUCCGACUAGUGAAACAACAGCUAGAAAAUUUUUGCACCAUUUUACCGCUGGAAUCAUCCAACUAUUUGGCAAUGAAUACCUAAGACGUCCCACACCGGAGGAUCUGCAAAGACUACUAUAUAUUGGAGAACAACGUGGAUUUCCAGGGAUGGUUGGAAGCAUUGACUGUAUGCAUUGGGAGUUGAAAAAUUGCCCAGCCUCUUGGAAAGGAAUGUAUUCACGAGGAACCGGAAAACCAACUAUUGUGUUGGAGGCGGUAGCUUCAUACGACCUCUGAGUAUGACACGCGUUUUUUGGAGCUCCAGGUACUAUGAACGAUCUUAAUAUUCUUGAUCGAUCACCUGUUUUUGAUGUCAUUAUUAACGGAGUAGCGCCACAAGUAAACUUCUAUGUAAAUGGUAACCCGUACCAUUUGACAUAUUAUCUCACGGAUGGGAUUUAUCCGAAGUGGACGAUUUUUAUUCAGUCUAUCCGACUCCCACAAACUGAGAAGCAUUCAUUAUUUGCUAAAACCCAAGAAUAUAUGCGAAAAGAUGUGGAGCGUGCCUUUGGAGUGCUGCAAGCUAGAUUUGCGGUCGUCAGAAAUCCCUCUAAUUUAUGGGAUAAUGACAAAAUUGGAAAUAUUAUGAGAGCAUGUAUCGUCCUCCAUAAUAUGAUUGUCGAGGAUGAACGAUCAUCAUCCACUCAGUAUGCGGUCGAUGAAUUUCAAGAAAGAGAAGAGGUGGAUACAUUUUCUGUCAAUAUGGCUUCAAAUCUCGGCAAUUCGAUUGAUCGUCGAACAAGCGUUCAGAAUAGACAAGCCCAUCAAAAUUAAAAAAAAAACGAUUUGAUUGAAAAUAUAUGAACUAAAUUUGGACAUCUUCCAAAUAACAUAUAAUUUAUAAGUUUAUAUGAAUUGAAUAAAAAUUUUGUUUUGUUUUAUUUAUUAUUUGUUAUUUUUUUUAACUUUGUAAUUUUCAUAUGUUUUCAAUUUUAAUGUUAAACUUCUCUUUUAUAUGUUUUAUUAAAAAGUUGUCCUUUAUAUCUCAUUACACAUUAAAAUAAAUAUUUUAUUUAC